UCAUAUCUGAAGAAACAUAUUGAUAAUCAUCAGUAGAAAGUAGGUCAGAACAAUAUUCCAAACCAUGUUAGUACCACUGCUUUUAUUCUCAUUAGGUAUUUUAGUUUCAAAUGGGUUUCUUUUGGACAAUGGUCAUUCAACAGGAAACAGAGGGACACAAAGGGAUAUCAAUGCGCUGUUAACGGAGGAGAGACAAUCUAGACAACGCUUAGAAAGCUAUGUUACAGAACUGUACCAUGAAUUAUCAAUGACGAAGCAAAUGGUAUCGAAUCUUACAAAAGAGUAUCAGACUUUAAAGAAAGCUUUACAGACCGAUUGGAAAAAUAUGUCAAGGUGCAAUUCGGCUAAAUUGACCGCCGAGAGUAGUGCUGACGAAUGCUGUAUUGAAACACAAUAUCUAAUAAAUAAUGUAUUAACGAUUCAAGACAAUAUUGAUGGAUUGUUGCGCCAAUCAAUUACAGAUAUGGAAGACACAAAAUGCCAAAUUAGUUCUUCAACAUGGACAACAGUCUUUCUUGCCUGUGCAAAUAAUGGUCAGGCUGUAAAAGAUUCAUGGAAUGCAUCGUCUUCCACAUCAACAACAAUCAAUGGUGCUGUUACAUCGGAUGCAUCAGCUUGUAAACUGAAGCACGUCAGGAGCUCGCUCAUAGAUAACUGGAGCAAGCAUAAUAUUGACCAAGUUAAAGUUGAAAUCUACAAGAAUGGAUCUGUCAUUGCUGCGUUUUACUUUAAUGGUCUUGGUACGAACCACCUUAACUGGUUCUCGAAGGUCAACUUGUUAGGAACAACUUACACUGAUUUGACACGAAGUUCAACGGUUAACUAUUUUUCAGUUGAAGGUAUAGAGGAGCGCCAUUUCUAUAUAAAUGCACAUUUUGGAGGAUGUCCUGCUGAUGAAGGAUGGUUAUUAGUUCGUGAUGUAGCAGGACAGAUUGCGCCGUGUCAUUUUGAUCAUUUGACCAAACCACCAUAUUUCAUUGUUAGUCCUGGAAACAAGAAAGGCCGAUUUGAAAGUGGGCAGUAUAUUUUGGCUGAUGCUAUGGAGAUUUCUGUGCAUACCAAUACAUGUAAAUGUCCAUCACCAAUCUCAAAGGGAACUGAACAGAUAAUUGGAUGAUUGAUAAAUGUAUAGAUCAUAUUAAAAAUACACAUA